CACAGCAAAUACUUCCGUCGUUUCGUGAGACCGGAAUAUACGUAAACGGAAUAAUGAUUCGAAGCACUGUAUCCCGCUACGUUCACAUCCGGCAACUCACUAGUGGGGUUCCAAAAUGUGAGCAAGUCAUCGCUCAUCGAACUCGAAACCCGAUUAGUCUCACCUCAGUCAUAUCGUCAACGUCUUAUAGAAACUCAAAGUACAAAACUUCCUAUCAUCAUUCCCAAAACCACAGCCAACGAUAUCGCACUAUCCACAACACCCCACGUACGAUGGCUCCCACUCAUGCCGAGAAGCCAAACGACUGGUCUGCACAGCAAUACCUCAAGUUCGACACAGAGCGUACGAGACCCGUCUACGAUCUCGUCGGCCAGAUAGCGUCGCACCUUUCAGAUGUCUCUUCACCACGCAUCUACGACCUCGGCUGUGGGCCCGGCAACAGCAGUUCAGUCCUGCUCUCCGCGUUCCCAGGUGCAAAGCUAACAGGCAUGGACAACUCGCCCGACAUGCUCCUCAAAGCGCGCUCCACCCUCCCAGAUGCCGAAUUUGUCGAAGGCGACCUGUCUAGUUUUGCUCCAGGAAAUGACGCAGACCUUAUCUUCUCCAACGCCGCCAUCCACUGGCUAAGAAGCCCCCAGCGUAUCCCAUCUCUGGUUCGAAUGUUCGAGGGUCUAAAAAAGGGAGGCAUUCUUGCUUUUCAAAUCCCGGAUAACUACACGGAGCGCUCGCACGCCCUCAUGCGGACCGUCGCCCUCACCCCUUCGCAACCAUGGAGUCAGUACUUCGCGGAUGCCCGCGUCGGAGAUCUGCAGGAUUCCAAACGGCCCGAUCUCGAUCCAAUUGAGGCGCCGAGCGCAUUUUACAACGCUUUUGCGUCAGAAGCUGCGACUGUGAAUAUAUGGCGCACCACCUAUCAGCAUGUGCUGAAAGAUGUGCCUGCAAUUGUAGAGUGGGUCAAGGGAACAGGUUUACAGCCUUUCUUGCACUUGAUUCCUGAAGAGGAGGCACGGAAAGAAUAUGUGAAGGCAUACGAAAGAGAAUUGAAGAAUGCGUAUCCUGAGCUAGUAGAUGGUAAGGUGUUGUUAGCUUACCCUAGGUUAUUCGUUCUUGCUGUUAAGAGUUGA